AUGGCCAGCGUGGGGGACGGGAGUGAACGUCCUCCUGGGUCCCGAGCUACUGAGGGAGAUGUGAUGACACUUCGCUGUGAGGCCCAAAGAGGUUCACUCCCGAUCCUGUAUCGGUUUUUUCAUGAAGAUGCUUUGCUCAAGGAGAUAAAAGCCACUUCAUGGAGAAAAAGUUCCUUCCGCCUUCCUCUGACUGCGGAGCAUUCUGGGAGCUACUACUGCACAGCCGACAAUGGCCUGGGCCCUCAGCACAGUGCGGCCGUGACCCUCUCAGUCCGUGUUCCCGUGUCUCAUCCUGUCCUGACCCUCAGUCCUCCUGGGGCCCAGGCUCCUGAGGGAGAUGAGAUGACACUUCGCUGUGAGGCCCAUAGAGGUUCACUCCCAAUCCAAUUUCGAUUUUUUCAUGAAGAUGCUUUGCUCAAGGAGAUAAAAGCCACUUCAUGGAGAGAAAGUUCCUUCCGCCUUCCUCUGACUGCGGAGCAUUCUGGGAACUACUACUGCACAGCCGACAAUGGCCUGGGCCCCCAGCGCAGUGCGGCCGUGACCCUCUCUGUCAUUGUUCCAGUAUCUCGGCCCGUCCUCACCCUCAGGGCGCCUGGGGCCCAGGCCCUGGUGGGGGACACGGUGGAGCUGCACUGUGAGGCCCAGACAGGCUCUCCCCCGAUCCUGUACCGCUUUUAUCACAACGGUGUCACCCUGGGGAGCAGCUCGGCCCCCUCUGGAGGAGGAGUGUCCUUCAACCUGUCUCUGACUGCAGAACAUUCCGGAAACUACUCCUGUGAGGCCGACAAUGUCCUCGGGGCCCAGCGCAGUGAGGUGAUGCCACUCAGUGUCACAGUUCCAGCGUCUCGGCCCGUCCUCACCCUCAGGGCGCCCGGGGCCCCGGCCCUGGUGGGGGACACGGUGGAGCUGCACUGUGAGGCCCAGACAGGCUCUCCCCCGAUCCUGUACCGCUUUUAUCACAACGGUGUCACCCUGGGGAGCAGCUCGGCCCCCUCUGGAGGAGGAGUGUCCUUCAACCUGUCUCUGACUGCAGAACAUUCCGGAAACUACUCCUGUGAGGCCGACAAUGGGCUGGGGGCCCAGCGCAGUGAGGUGGUGCCACUCAGUGUCACAGUUCCAGCAUCUCGGCCCGUCCUCACCCUCCGGGCGCCCGGGGCCCAGGCCCUGGUGGGGGACACGGUGGAGCUGCACUGUAAGGCCCAGACAGGCUCUCCCCCGAUCCUGUACCGCUUUUAUCACGACGGUGUCACCCUGGGGAACAACUCGGCCCCCUCUGGAGGAGGAGUGUCCUUCAACCUGUCUCUGACUGAAGAACAUUCUGGAAACUACUCCUGUGAGGCCGACAAUGGCGUGGGGACCCAGCGCAGUGAGGUGGUGACACUUUCCAUCACCGGGCUGACAGGGAGCAGAGGCGGCCAUGUCGCCACAGGCGUCACCGGGGUGCUGCUCAGCCUGGUGGGUCUGGCGGCGGUGCUGCUGCUGUUCUAUUACUGGCUCCCGGGAAGAGCAGGAGGGAGGCCUGCCUGCGACGCCUCCAGGUAA